AUUAACACAAACAAACAUAUAUGUCACCAAAAUAAAAAAAUGUCAACCAAUUUAUUUUCUUCUUUAUCUUCUUCAUCUUCACUGUUUCCUUCUCCUCUAAUCCAUUCCGGUAACCUUCGCCGGCGUUUCAACUCUCUGCAGACACGCGCCGCCACACGCGCCGCCGUGACAUCUUCAUCUUCAGUUGUAUUUCCAAAGAAAAAGCAGUGGAAACGGGGUGAAUAUCCAGGUUUUACUGAACAGAAUGGGUUAAAAAACAAUAAGAGAACUCCCAUUAAGAAUAUUAAGAAAAAAUUAGAUAGAAAGAACAAUGCUAAAGCUUGGGUUAAUACUGUUACUGAAGAACUUUCUGAUCAUAUUGAUAAAAAACAAUGGCUUCAAGCUCUUCAGGUAUUUGAAAUGCUAAAGGAACAGCCCUUUUAUCAAUCGAAAGAAAGUACAUAUAUGAAGCUUCUUGUUCUUCUUGGGAGAUGCGGGCAACCAGGGAAAGCACAACAACUUUUUGAUACAAUGAUUGAAGAGGGAUUGGAACCCACUACAGAAUUCUAUACAGCCUUGGUUGGUGCUUACUGUAGAAGCAACAUAAUUGACAAAGCAUUUACUAUUCUUCUCCGGAUGAUUGAGCUCCCUGAUUGUCAGCCAAAUGUUUAUACAUACAGUAUAUUAAUUAAGGCAUGCGUGGAUGCAUCCCGGUUUGAUCUGGUUGACUCUCUUUAUGAACAAAUGGCUGAACGUUCCAUAGUUCCUAACACUGUCACUCAAAAUAUAGUCUUGAGUGGUUAUGGGAAGGCAGAAAAAUAUGAAGAAAUGGAGAAAGUGGUUUCAGGAAUGCUCGAGAGCAUAGACAGCAGACCCGAUAUAUGGACGAUGAACACUAUCCUGAGCUUAUUUGGCAACAAGGGGCAGAUUGAAAUGAUGGAGAAAUGGUACGAAAAGUUUAGUAAUUUUGGUAUUGAGCCAGAGACGCGAACAUUUAAUAUCCUUAUUAGUGCUUAUGGGAAGAAAAGGAUGUACGAUAAGAUGUCAUCAGUGAUGGAGUACAUGCGUAAACUUUCAUUUCCAUGGACGACAUCAACUUACAACAAUGUCAUCGAAGCGUUUUCGGAUGUAGGUGAUGCGAAGAAUAUGGAGUAUACAUUUGAUCAAAUGCGUGCGGAAGGUGUGAAAGCCGACAUGAAGACUUUUUGCUGUCUCAUUAGAGGAUAUGCAAAUGCAGGUCUUUUUCCUAAGGUGAUCAACACUGUCCAAUUAGCUGGGAAGUUGGAGAUACCUGAAAACACUUCGUUUUUCAGUUCUGUUAUUUAUGCUUGUGCAAAGGCAGAGGACUUAAUUGAGAUGGAGAGAGUUUUCAAGCGAAUGAAAGAUAAGCAAUGCCGACCAGAUGACACGACUUAUUCUGUUAUGGUUGAGGCAUAUAGAAAGGAAGGUAUGACAGACAAAAUCUAUGAUUUGGAACAAGAAAAGCAGAUGAUGUCUGCCUCAGAGUUCAGUGACAGCCUUAGUGAUGAAGUAAAGCUAGAGUUAAUGCCUACUUGAAAAAAUUCAAUUUAAUUUGAGAACGCAUUUUCUUCUGAGCUGUAGAUUGAUAAGAUCACUCAGUUGUCUGCUUGGAACGGGUAACUAUCCUUGUCUGCGAGUUUACAAAGAGGUGAACUUAAGGCAUUAACGGAACACUUCUACUCGUAUCAUCGUUAGCUCAACCUUUUAUCAUGUGGUAUUUGCCAUGUUUGUUGUUUAACUUGGUAUUAGGAGCGUCUUCUUUUCCAAAAAUAGCGAGCUAUCAUGUCGAGUAAGCCACAUUUGUAAGUUCCAAGCAGGUUGAUGCUGCCCUUGGUACCUUUUGGUUGUUGCCUUUUAUCGUUCAAAUACCAAUUCAGGUUUCUAUGUGUA